CAGAGUCAUCAAUAUGUUCAAGACAUAUAUUUGAAAGGUGGGGAACUAGUGGAAGAGUUGCAACUUUCUGAAGACACAAACCUUAUUAUACUUUUCUUGUUGCAUAUCUGGAAAGUAAUAAAGGGAACCUCAGCCACACUUCAUCAAAAUGCAACGGAGUCUAUUACAUACUGCAUCUCAGCUGGCGCAUGGGACAUGUUUGGGUUUUCCUCGCACUAGUAUCUUUCAGUGCUUAAACAGACCAUCAGUGUUGUCAAAUGUUGGAUGCAAAGUGAUUUUGGCACUAGACCCUCCUAAACGAUGUCUUCAUGCAGGUACAGCACGCUUUGCCUCAAAGAAAAGUGCUUUUUCAUCACAGCCAGCAGACACUCUUCACAAAGUACCAGAUGAGAGAAAUCCUUUGACUUCGGCCGCUGAUACACCCAAGCAGAGCCCUGUAGAGUCAGGUUCUUCAGAUCCUGAUCCCUUACAAGACAAAUCAAUUAGUCUCGUCCAGAGAUUCAAGAAAACAUUUAAACAGUAUGGAAAAGUCAUGAUUCCAGUGCAUCUUCUGACUUCCACUGUAUGGUUUGGAUCCUUUUACUACGCAGCCAUGAAAGGAGUGAAUGUUGUUCCAUUCCUAGAACUGAUUGGCUUACCAGACAGCAUACUAAACAUCCUGAAAAAUUCUCAGAGUGGAAAUGCGCUAACUGCAUAUGCGUUGUAUAAAAUUGCAACUCCUGCCAGAUACACUGUGACUUUGGGGGGAACGUCCAUCACUGUUAAAUAUCUACGUAAGAAUGGCUACAUGUCCACACCACCACCAGUAAAGGAAUAUCUACAAGAUAGGAUGGAGGAAACAAAGGAUAAAAUUACAGAGAAGAUGGAGGAAACAAAGGAUAAAAUUACAGAGAAGAUGGAGGAAACAAAGGAUAAAAUUACAGAGAAGAUACAAGAAACCAAAGAUAAAGUUUCAUUUAAAAAAAUAAAAGACUAGGAGAGAUGCUUAAUUUUUGGAUAUAUCAAACUUAGCACUUUAACCCUUUGUGAGGCUGGAUAUACAAAGUGCACUUCUGAGCUUUUUUUAUUUUGCCUUUUUUUUUUCCCCUUGUCUGGAGACCACA